GAACGUCAACGACUAGUGAAAUGAAUGUAAAAUUAAAAUACGUACAAAAGUAGAAAUAGCCGUUGCGCCUCUCUCUCAAACUCAAUCUUUGGACAAAACCCUAAUUCCCCAAUUCCUCUGUCAACGUCUCUCUGCUCUGCUAUAUAUACAAUCUCUCCCUCACUCAUAUUUCUAACAAUCAUUCAUUCUAAUCUCUCUCUCUCUCUCUCUCUCUCUCGCUCUUACAAGCUAUCUAGUCGCAAUAACCGAUUCAGUUUGAAUUUUCAUUUUGUCUAAUUCAUUUCUUUUGCAGGGUUUCGUUUUUUGAUUCUUUAUUAUUUCAUUUCAAUAUUUCAAUUUGUUUGAUUUGUUAUUAUUCUAUUUUGUAUAUUGUUUGUUUGUUUCUUUUGUUUUUCAUCUAACAAUGGAUUCAGGAUCUUUGAGUUCUCCCGCCGUCAAAAUUGGAUCACGCUAUCCUCUUCAGAGAAAGACUUCCAAAGAUAAUUUGGACAGAUUUAUACCAAAUAGAUCCGCAAUGGACUUCGAUUAUGCUCACUACAUGCUCACAGAAGGGGCAAAAGGUAAGGAAAACCCAGUUGUGUGCUCCCCUUCCAGAGAGGCUUACAGGAAGCUACUUGCAGAAUCUUUGAACAUGAACCGGACCAGAAUUUUAGCUUUCAAGAACAAGCCGCCUACGCCAGUUGAUUUGAUCCCUCAUGAGAUUACUUUAUCAACUCAUCAACAAGAUAGAACUGCCAAACCCAGGCGAAUUAUUCCUCAGACUUCUGAGAGAACAUUGGAUGCUCCUGACCUUGUGGAUGAUUAUUACCUCAAUUUAUUGGAUUGGGGAAGUGCCAAUGUUCUUGCAAUAGCACUUGGAAACACAGUGUAUUUGUGGGAUGCAUCAAACGGUUCCACUUCAGAACUCGUUACUGUGGAUGACGAAAAUGGCCCGAUCACAUCCGUAAGCUGGGCUCCUGAUGGGCGUCAUAUUGCUGUUGGUUUGAACAACUCUGAAGUUCAACUGUGGGAUACUGCUUCGGAUAAGCAGUUGAGAACUUUAAGAGGUGGGCAUAGGCAGCGUGUGGGGUCUUUGGCAUGGAACAAUCACAUACUAACAACUGGAGGGAUGGAUGGUAGAAUCCACAAUAAUGAUGUAAGAAUUAGAUCACCCAUUGUUGAAACAUACAGAGGGCACGAGCAAGAAGUUUGUGGGUUGAAAUGGUCUGCUUCAGGUCAACAAUUAGCCAGUGGAGGGAAUGAUAAUCUACUUUAUAUCUGGGAUAGAGGUACAGCAUCUUCUAGUUCCCCAACACAGUGGCUUCACAGGCUUGAAGAUCAUACAUCUGCAGUAAAGGCACUUGCUUGGUGUCCUUUCCAAGGGAAUUUACUAGCUACUGGUGGAGGCAGUGGCGACCGAAGCAUCAAGUUUUGGAAUACACACACAGGUGCAUGCUUGAACUCAGUUGACACGGGGUCUCAGGUAUGUUCCCUGUUGUGGAACAAGAAUGAGAGGGAGUUGCUCAGCUCUCAUGGAUUUACACAGAAUCAGCUAACACUUUGGAAAUAUCCUUCAAUGGUGAAGAUGGGAGAGCUCAAUGGUCACACUUCAAGAGUUCUUUAUAUGGCGCAGAGCCCGGAUGGUUGCACAGUGGCAACAGCAGCUGCAGACGAAACAUUGAGGUUUUGGAAUGCUUUUGGCACUCCAGAAGUAGUUGCCAAAGCUGCACCAAAAGCGAGAGCUGAGCCAUUUUCACAUAUUAAUCGCAUUCGAUAAGCAGCAAUAUUUGAAACAGUUUGGAAAACCAAGUUAUUUUUUCUGGUUGAAUACACAUAUACUCCACAGUAGCUACAAAAGCAAAUGUUUGUUGUUUAAUAUCAAAGCAUACUGGAAUAUAAGUACCUCUGAGGCAAUGUGUAGAUAUAGAGGAUGGAGUUGUUUUUAUGAGACUUGAAUGUACAUUGUAUGUAACAUAUAAUAGUGGAAAACAACACUUCAUUUGCCCGUGGAGUAGUCACACCACUUGUGAUGAACCACGUA